UUGAUCUCUUCUCGUCCUCCAUAUCCUAACUGUUACACAAACUCAAAGAAAAAAUGUCUGCAACGAAACUGUUUGAGCCGCUUAAGCUGGGCACGGUUCAGCUCCAGCACCGUGUGGUCAUGGCUCCAUUGACCAGACUCCGCGCCGACAAGGAACAUGUUCAAUUGCCUAUGGCAGUAGAGUACUACUCUCAGAGAGCUUCGCCGGGUGGUCUUAUCAUCGCAGAAGCAGUACUUAUCUCACCGGAACACGGUGGCUUCAGACAUGCACCUGGAAUCUACACCGAGCCUCAGAUCAACCGCUGGAAGGAGAUCACAGAUGCUGUUCAUGCUAAGGGAGGUUUCAUAUAUGCGCAAUUGGUCUCUGUUGGCAGAGUCGCAGAUACUGGAAUCUUGAAGGAGGAAGGAAACUUUCCUCUGAUCAGCUCGAGCGAAACACCAUUCACCGAAGGACCGGAUUCUCUUCCCCAUGCUUUGACGGAAGAGGAAAUCAAGAGAGCAGUAUCCACCUUCGCCCAGGCAUCCGAGAACGCCAUGGCUGCAGGCUUCGACGGUAUUGGGCUGCAUGGCGCAAACGGCUAUCUCAUCGAUCAAUUCACCCAAGACACCUGCAACCGCCGCACCGACUCCUAUGGCGGCAGUGUAGAGAACCGCUCCCGCUUCGCCCUCGAAGUCACCUCAGCCUGCGUCGAUGCUAUUGGCGCCGAGAAUGUCGGUUUCCGCAUCAGCCCCUUCAGCACAUUCCAAGGCAUGAAGAUGGCGGACCCCAUCUCCCAAUUCUCCCACCUCGUCCGUGGUCUAAAAGAUCUCAAACUCUCCUACCUUCACAUAAUCGAAUCUCGCGUCAUCAACAACGUCGACUGCGAGAAACAAGAAGGCAUUGAACCCUUCAUCGAUAUCUGGGGCCGAACGUCUCCCGUACUUGUUGCUGGUGGCUUUACUCCUGAAUCAGCUAAACAUGCGGUCAAUGUUGAGUAUAAGGAUGUUGAUGCUGCUGUGGUGUUUGGACGUCAUUUCAUCUCGAAUCCAGAUCUACCUUUGAGGAUCAAGAAGGGUGUAGAGUUGAAUGGGUAUGAUAGGAGUACUUUUUAUACUCCCAUGCAGAAGGAGGGGUAUCUGGAUUAUCCUUUCUUCGAGCAGAGUAAGGAGGUGGACGUUCGAGCUUGAGGUAGUGUUUAGAUAGGUGGUUGUCUGAACGAACACAUCCUAAGAGUAUUGAGAUCGUGCCGCGGUGUGCUGUGCUGUGCUUAUCUCCAGGUUC